AUGAGAAGACGCGUCAUUGGAUGUGAGCGGAAGGCACACAUGCAAAAGCGUGAAGGAGAUCCACGCCAGCGCCCACGCGACUUCGAACGGUUUAUAACUGUAAUUACGUUCGUUGGGUAUGAGCUGAAUAUCUACGUGAGCUCAAAUGCAACAUACUUCUUGAUGAAAAGAGAUACAGAUUCUCAGACUCGUGCUGUUGAAAGGUUGAGCUCACUAUACGUCUGA